ACGAAAUGGUUUUUAUGAAUUUCAGAAUUGAAAUCUACAAUAUUGAGUGAAGUGAAGUGAAAUCUACAAUAUUUCUGAGAAAAUAGUGUUUACUUCUAUACGGUGUCAGUGGUAACAUAGACUGGUAGUACAAAUAACAAACGAACACAUAUUUUUAUUUUUUUCUGCUUUGAGGUUAUCUGUACAAAUGAAGGUACCAAAUUUGAAAUGAUUUCUCAAAUAUUAAAGUUGAUUGUAGUUGGUUUAUUAUGGGGCGCAACUAACCCAGUGAUAAAAAGAAAAUCUAAAGACAUUCAAAAAGUAAAAGCAGAUUCAAAACUGAUUCAGUUCAUCUUAGAACUAAAAUAUUUAGCUACUAAUAUUCAAUAUUUGAUACCAAUGGCUUUCAAUCAGUUGGGAUCAGUGCUAGUUCUAGAUACCUCUAGAGGUUUCGAUUCAUUACAAGAGGCUGAUUUAACUUUAUCGGUACCACUUGCCAACUCUUUAACAUUUGUCUUCACAGCAGUUUCGGGGUGGAUAAUGGGAGAAGAAAUUCCAAAAAAAAGUACGAUUUUUGGAGUUUUUCUAGUUAUACUGGGCACUUUACUAUGUUGUGUGGACAAAUAUGAAAGAGGGGAGUUGAAAAGUUGAGUUGGGUGUAUUAGAAAACCUUAUAUUACAGUUUGUGAAUGAGCUUUUGUGUUUAUAUUUCCAUCAAAGUGUUUAUUCUUUAGUUAAGUGUUUAUAAUUUUCAUUUACAUUAUUCUUGAAUUUGGUAUCAGAGGGGGAACAAAUAUAAUGAAAAAAAACU